AUAUGAAUGUUCAGCAUCGUUGGCUGGGGGAGAAUUGGUGUGAGGGGUCAGUGGAUGUGACAAUGUCUUGGUGCCCAGAGAUGAUGAGUAGAGGGCAGCGUGAGGACCUCAGAUGUGGUGGAAAAUGGCAGUCACUGUGUUUCUCAACAGACUGUGGCAUCAAAGCAGGAAGGAGGGUGUCCCAAAAUAGGAUACUCUCCCUUUCCCCUUCUGCAUUUUCCCGGGCAGUUUCCUCUUGUCACACUUCCCUUAGGGUUUCUCAAUGGGACGAAACAAGAAAUAACAGAGCCUCUGGGGACAAAAGUCAGUUAACUUCUACGUGGGGCAGCUCACUCUAAGUGGCUUGGCCACUUGCCUCUGUCCACUGGCAGAUAGCACACCCAGCAAGGCUCGAUAGAUGGAGGAGGCAGGGCCCUGGGGGCUUUCACAACUGCUGCUAUGGCUGGGGCUGUUGCUCUGCAUCUCGGGGCUCCAAGCAGGAGGUAAGGAAGAACAGAAGUGCCUUCUGGAAGGCAAGAACCUGACCAUGACUUGUCCUUACAGCAUCAGGUUAUACUCACUCAGCCUGAAGGCCUGGCAGUGGGUGAGAAGCUUGGGUUCUCCAGAGACCUUGGUGCUCACAAACAGCAGAAAUACAGACUUCAGUUUUGCCCAGGCUGGGAGGUACUUGCUGGAAGAUUAUCCCACUGAAGCCGUUGUCAAGGUCACGGUGAUUGGUCUGCAGAGGCAGGAUGGGGGGCUGUACCAGUGUGUGGUCUUCCUGUCCCCUGACAACCUUGUUGUACUGCAUGAUCGGAUUCGGCUGGUACAGUGCCAAGACCAGCUCGUGAUGGUGAUCGUUCUAACAUGUGGCUUUAUCCUGAACAAGGGCCUGGUGUUCUCAGUCCUGUUUGUUUUUCUCUGCAAAGCUGGGCCUAAGGUGUCACAGCCUUCCAAGAUGUCCGAAGUACAGGGAGUCUCUGAGAAAUAGUAGCCUUCCUCCUAUGAGCUGGGAUUACAGUAAGAGAUUGCCAUUCGUCUCAGAAAAGACUUUGAACUUUGGACUUUGAAACAAUAUUGAGAUUCUGAUAGCCUAUGGGGACUUUUGAAGUUGGACUGAAAGCAUUUCUGCAUUAUGACCUGGCUACAGGUCUACAGGGCCCAGGAAGUGAAAAGUGGAGGUCUAAAUAAAAAUGGUCCUCAUUGGCUCAUGAAUUCGAAUGCCUAGUCCUCAAGAAGUGACACUAUUUGAGAAGGAUUAGAAGGUGUGGCCUUGCUGGAGGAAAUGUGUUCCUGGGGGUGAACUUUGAGGUUCCAAAGGCCCACACCAGUCUCUCUCUCUCUCUCUCUCUCUCUCUCUCUCUCUCUGCCUAUGGAUCAGGAUGUAGGUCUUAGCUACUACACUGCCAUGCCUGCCUGCUGCCCUGCUCCCCGCCAUGAUGAUAAUGGACUAAGCCUCUGAAACUGUAAGC